AUGGCCGGCCGCGAGAUCGUCCUCGCAGAAAAGAUCGACCUCCACCUCUGCUGGGAGGGAAAACAGCUCUACCUAAAACCCAUCCCCACCUUCCUCCUCCACCACGACUUCUUCACCCACGCAAUCUGCACCGCCGCCGCCGCCGCCCCGCCCGGCAGCACAACCGCCAGCAGCGACCUCUACGCAAGCGCCUGCGGCUUCCUAAAGUCCUACACAAAGCUCAUCCGCCACGAAAGCGACCUCGCCAUCGCGCAAGAAAAAAACCUCAUCCCCGCCAGCGUCACCUGGAACCAAUGGUGCGACUUCUCCGCCGACAUCGUCCUCAACACAACAGGCAUGAUCCUGAGCCAGCGCUACGACUACGGCGAGCUGCGGCUAACGCGGCUGAACCUGCUCUACGAGAUGCACGCCUGCGAGCCGUUCCACUGGGGCGACCACCGCUACAAGUUCCUGCUCGACACCAUCAGCCACGAGUGGCUGCUCUUCACGUUUGUGUAUUUCACCGUGGUGCUGACGGCGAUGCAGGCGGUGCUUGCGACGCAGUAUGGCGCGGGGAGCGUGGGCAUUCAGAGGGCGGCGUUUGGGUGUGGGGUGUUUGUGUUGGUGGUGGCCGGGGGGUCGUGUGUGCUGAUGGGCGUGUUUGUGUGGUUGAGGGCGUAUGUGUUCUUUUUUAGCGAGACGUGGAUUGGGAGGCAGCAGUAUAGGAUUUAUUAUUUGGACCGCAUUUUGGAGGCGUUGGUGUUGUCGGAGUGA